UUUCUGUAAAAGCACCACAAGAUAUUUUUCUUUUGUAGUUUUUUUUCUAGUAUAGAUUUUCGUCAUUUUGCUGCAGGUUGAAUUCGCUGUCAAACACAAGAAUCAUCUCCUGGCGACCAGGCCUGCAGGUUCACCUCGGAAAACAGCCUGUGUGUGGGCAGCGCCAGAAACCACUGAGGAAAUAAACAAGAGAAGUUGGGCAGAGGGGAAUAGUUCAGGUGUUGUGAGUUUUAUUUUAUUUUAUUUUUUUAUUUUUUUAAUUAUAGCAGUUUAGGCCAGGUGUUGAGCCCUGAUGGAUUAUAUGGACAGUGGACUGAGAUACACCCCAAAGUCGGACAAGGACUGGGACACCUCUGUCCAGUUCUUGCCAGCAUCAGAUAACAAAAAGCUUGAGAAGAAAAAGGGUCCGGGGAAAGUUGGGGCUGUGAUUGGUGUGAUCAUCUUUGCUCUUGUUGUCGCACUCAUGACUGGACUGCUGGUCUGGCAUUUCCACUUCCGUAAAGAUGUGCGGCUCAAGAGGAUGUACAGCGGCUCCAUGAAGAUCACCAACCAGGUGUUUGAAGACGCCUACGAGAACUCCAACAGCUCUGAAUUCAAGACGCUGGCGAAGCAGGUGACUUCACAGCUUAAGUCCAUCUAUUCCAAAAGUCCACAGCUGGCCAAAUACUAUGUUGGUUCCACAGUUCAGGCUUUCAGUGAAGGCAGUGUUAUUGCCUACUACCUGUCUGAGUUCAGUGUCCCUAACGGACAAGAGGCAUCUGUCGACCACGCUGUGUCCACAAUGCAGACGCUAGUGGAAAAGGAGCAGCGUACCCUGUUCAGACCUGGCAACUCUCUCCUUGUUCAAGACGUAGUGGCUGCAGUACUUGAUUACCGCCUGACCUCCAAUACAUUCAACAGAUUUUUCAGUUUUUCAGAACAUACAAGGUCCAAUCACCUGGGGCAGAUCCAGUCCCCUGGCUUUCCAGACAGACCUUAUUCCCCCAACACCUUCCUCCAGUGGCGGCUGAGAGCAGACCCCAACCAUGUCAUCAAGCUUAACUUUGACACGAUGAAUCUAGAAGAGAACUGCAAGAACGACUUUGUCAAAAUCUACGACUCCCUGGUGGCCAUUGAGAGCCAUGUUAUGGAAGAGAUGUGCGGUUACUACUCACCUAGUGAGCCGUUGACCUUUCUGUCCUCUGGUAAUGUCAUGUUAGUGACAAUGGCCUCAAAUGGCGAUAAGAACUACCCAGGUUUUAGAGCACAAGUCUCACAAAUCCCACGUGGAAGUAAAGGUACAACAUGUGGUGGACAACUGACAGGCGAAAAAGGCACCUUCUCUUCUCCCAACUAUCCAGAUUACUAUCCUCCUCGAACUUCAUGCCAGUGGUCGAUCCAGGUCCCGGUUGGAAAGGCGGUGAAGGUGACGUUCAAAAAGUUCCUCAUGACAGAGCCUGGGCAGGGAAACAGUAAAGACUGUCGCAAAGACUAUGUGGAGGUCAAUGGAAAGAAACUGUGUGGAGAUAAGCCUGAUGGAACAGUGACAGAAACCAGCAACACCAACACAAUGAUCGUGGUGUUUAACUCCGAUGCCUCCUAUGUGGACCGAGGUUUUAAUGCAACAUAUGAGGCCAUUGAUGUUUUAGAUCCUUGUCCAAAGAUGUUCCAGUGCAGAAAUCAGCAAUGCAUCACAACAGACCUCAGGUGUGAUGGCUGGAAUGACUGUGGAGACAUGAGUGAUGAAUUAAACUGCAAGUGCAAUGCAAAGGAUAUCACUUGUAAAAAUGGGUUGUGUAAGCCCAUGUUUUGGAGAUGUGAUGGCGUAGAUGACUGUGGAGACCGCACAGACGAGCUGAACUGUGGUGGUUGCAAAUCUGGACAAAUAGCAUGUAAAAAUAACAAAUGUGUUUCCGAGAAGAAUCGCUGCGACGGCAGGGACGACUGUGGGGAUGGGUCUGAUGAGCUCGACUGUGCAAGAAACACUGGUAUAAGCUGCACUGAUCUAACAUAUAGAUGUAAAAAUAACAAAUGCAUCAGUAAAGUGAACCCAGAAUGCGAUGGGACAGAGGACUGCGAAGAUGGAUCUGACGAGGAAAAUUGUGACUGCGGUAGGAGUAUGUUCAAGACAUCACGUAUUGUGGGCGGUCAGGAUGCAGAACCAGGGGAGUGGCCCUGGCAGGUCAGCCUCCAUGUCAAAGGUCACGGCCACGUGUGCGGAGCGUCCCUCAUCAAUGAACGCUGGCUGGUCACUGCUGCCCACUGUGUGCAAGAUGAUGGCAAGACAAGAUUCAAUGAGGCCCGCACUUGGGUCGCUAACCUCGGCAUGCACAGCCAGCAGCAAACUGGGAGUCCCGUGGUGAAGAGGAACCUGAAGCGCAUCAUACCCCACCCUAACUACAACGAUUUUACCUUUGACAAUGACAUCGCCCUGAUGGAGCUGGACAGUCCUGUCACCUACUCCGAUUACAUCAGGCCCAUCUGCUUGCCGUCCCCCCAGCACAAUUUUCCAGUUGGUCAAUCCGUGUGGAUCACUGGGUGGGGUGCCAAGCGAGAGGGAGGAUUUGCUGCAAACGUGCUCCAAAAGGCCCAGGUCCGUAUCAUCAACAGCACGGUGUGUAACAAUUUAAUGGGAGGGCAGAUCACAUCUCGGAUGACGUGUGCUGGAGUGCUAAUCGGAGGAGUUGAUGCUUGUCAGGGAGACUCUGGCGGCCCUUUGUCCAGUCCGUCCGGCAGUCAUAUGUUCCUGGCAGGAGUGGUCAGUUGGGGUGAUGGUUGUGCCCGCAGGAACAAACCUGGCAUCUACACAACAGUCACCAAAUUCCGUGGCUGGAUUAAAGAAAAGACAGGAGUGUAGACAACUGGUCAAAUGAGGCCAUAUUGACAUGAACAUGGACUAACAACAACAACUACCAGUAUGGGUUUUUGCUUCACCAUGCUGACUUUCCAGCUGAUGUAGUGACCUUGACUCAGUCACAGCUGCAGUGGAAAAUGCACUGUUUGCUUGAAGAGCAAUUUCAACACGUUUUAUGUCCACUGUGAUUUUAUGAGGGUGGGGUUUGUGAAAUGUUUUUAAGUGUAAAUAAAUGUUUGAUUUUUAUUGUUUGUUUUUUGUUUUUUGUUGUGUUUUGAUGGAGAACAAUGUUAUGCACACAAAAUAGAUUUUAGGCGCAAUUGUUACACAUAAAUGGAAAUGUGCAUCUAUGUACUCUGUUUUCUUUUGUUUUAUCAGUAGAUGUUACAAUUUCCCACUAUAUUUCCUUGUUGUCUUUGCUCUAAAUUUUAUAAAUUAAGAAAAGAAAUGACAGCAAGCUCAUUCCAUCUUACCUCCUAUGGCUUGGUAUCUUACACACUGAAUUCUAGUCCAGAAAUCCCUGAAAUCCCUGGUUAGUGAUGGGAAUGUUCACUUUGGAAAGCAUUACCCUCCUCAUCGUGGCUGACAUUUAAUUACAACGGAUGUGAACUGCUUUUCUAUCAGCAUAAACUAGUAGGUUUUGUUUUAGUUUAAUAUUAUAUGACCUCUGUUUCAUUCGGUACAGUAAUCAUGCAGUUUAAUCUGUCUUAAAUCUGUGUAAAUGUGUGUUUUAUAGCAGAUGUUUUUAAAUAAAAGAUUUCUAAUAUAACCUCCA